AUGAGUUUUACUGCAGCACACCACACAAGUAUGCGAUUUUUGGAAACUUUUCAUGUCCCACUAAGAGCAUUUAUUAGCGACCUUAAAUCUAACUCCUUUAUUGAGCCUCGAGAUUUUCACUUCAACACCCAAAUAACUUCUCUUUGUUUAACCUCAGAUGAUGCUCAUAUUCUUGCUGGAAUAGACCAAGGUCGAGUGCAAAUUAUUGAGCUAGAAAAAGAUGAGGAAUAUGCAAUGAAUACAAAAGCCGAUGAGGCUCCAAAUGAGCACUCGCAAGACGAUAGCCUCAAUCUUGAAUCUAUAAUAAUCACUACAAUUUGCGUUACAAGUGACUGCGAAACUGUAAUAGUUGGGACUUCUUUAGGAACUGUCAGAAUUUUCGAGCUUGAUAAUCCUUCAAUAUCAAGCAAAGAAGUAUCCGGCCAUCAAGGCUCGAUAAAUGAUAUAGUUAUAAACCAUGAUGAUAGGUUUUUUUUGUCUGUAGGGGAAGAUACAAAUGUGCAUUAUUGGGAUGCAAAGACUUUUAAAAUUGAUAAAACAGUGAUUGUUGAGGAAGGGACAGUAAAGGCAGUUGAUAUAAGCAAAAAUGAUAAGUGAAUCGCUGCAGGAGGUUCUGAUAGACUUGUACAUGUUUGGGGCACCAUGGCCUUAGCUCGCGGCUGGACAAUGGAAGGGCAUGAACUAGGAAUUAAUGCAGUCAUUUUUACAAAUGACUCGAAAAAUAUAAUUUCAGGAGGAGAUGAUAGGAAUAUUUUUGUGUGGAGCGUAAGAGAAAAAGCUAUAGCAUUAUCGCUUGCUGGACAUGAUGGGCCUAUUAUUGAUCUUGCUUUAACUAGUGAUAAUACUUUUCUGGCAUCUGCAAGCUCAGAAGGAGCAAUAUUUGUAUGAAAUAUAGAAAUGAUGGCACCUCAGCCUAUUCCUAUAACUGACCAAGAAUUCAAUAUCAAUAAAAUUUGUAUAUCUUCUGAUGACGAUAUGCUUGUUUCUAGCUCUAAAUCUGAUGGUAUUAAAAUCUGGCCACUCAGGAGAUCAUUUCUAGCAGAAAACAAAAGAUUAGCACAUGAGUCAAGCAUUAUAGCUAUUUUUGAAGACGCAAAAUCCGAGUUUUUUUAUACAUUCACCAAUAAAGAAAUAAAAAUGUGGAGAAUUCAAACUAUGGAGCUUGAGGCUGAAUUUAAUUCAGAUGAGACUGAAAUCACAGCAGCCAUUUUUUUGAAGCAUAUAAAUCAGCCUUGCAUAGGAUCUGAAAACGGUAUACUCAGGACUCUAAAAUUAGUUGGAAAAGAGUUCAAAUCUGGUUUCGUUCUCAAUGCUCACAGUUCAGCAAUUAAUUGCUUUGUUGAGGCACAUGAUUCUUUUGUAACUGGAGGAAAUGAAGGAAUCAUAUGCGUUUGGGAUAGCACUACAGCAAAAAAACGGGGAGCAAUGAUAGGUCAUUCAUUAGGAAUUACUUGUCUUUGUCUUACACAUGAUAAAUCGAUAUUGAUUUCGGCAAGCCAAGAUUUAGAAAUAAAGGUGUGGAAUAUUAUUACAGGAAAUGAGCUAACUGCAAUUAAAAAGACGCAUAAUGAUAGGGUUUUAUGCUUAUCUUUUACUGAAAACGAGUUCUUUGCUGUAAGUGGAGGAGCUGAUAAUUCAUUGUUAUUGUGGGAUCUAAGGGCUAAAAGGCAUAGCCCGCCUUUGGAGUCCCACAAAGAUGAUAUUACUUGCAUACUUUUUUAUCAUAUAUAUUUAAAAAUGGGGCAGCGACAACCUUCCCUCUUAGCACCUGAAGUUGGGUCUGGAGCUCCUGAAGAGAGGAUGGCGUUCAGGAAUGCAUAAACCUCGGUUUUUUGCAGAGUGGUGAAGCGCAGUGCCAUUUAAAGCAAGAUGCUCACCCAUGAGAAGAGGAAGCUUGAUGCAGAAAUGGGACAUCCCAGCAGGCCAAAAGUUAGUUUCUUGGUCAAGCGGAAUGUUUCAUAGCAUGAUACCAUGCGUUGCGUCUUGGGCUCUAAGUCUCCAUCUUAGUCGUCAGGCAACCAGAAAAUUGGACUUUUCGAAUUUUCUGUCAGAUAGCCCCAUCGAUACAGGGUAUGAUAACCCGAGUGCAAGCCCUUGUCAGUGAGUAGAAACACAGUGGAAGGCUGUGCCUAGGUUGGCAAGCAAGCGAAGGAGCGGCCACGGAGACUAUCAGUGGCCCGCAGGGAGCUUCUUUAUAAAUAAUUAACACAGCACAGCAUGCUUGUUUAUCAAAAUGAAUUUUUAAUCACUGGAAGUCUUGACAAAUAUAUAGGAGUGUGGUCAAUCAAAGAUCAGCUGCUAUUAGGAAAAAUCUCGGCUGGCUUCAAAAAUUACACACAAAUAAAAUGGCGACGACACCGACCCGUCCUCUCCCGGAACUGAGGCGAGAUUGGGGACCUUGCUGCGGCCUGAAGCCAAUCCGCCCAGGAAAGGUCUGGAAUGGGUACUGGUAGUUUGUGCCCGGCUAGGUUUCCCUCCCAGUCCAGCAACAACGAUCCUAGGGUUGUCCCGAUAGGAUACGGGGCAAAAAAGGGUUUUUCCUCUAGGGAUCGCUAGUGCCAAUUUGGAGGGCAUGGCAGGAGCCGACAAGAGCUAAGGAGUUAAUCCUUAGCUCUAACCCUAGUCUGGCGACGUGAAGCACGGUGACUCAGUCCGCCUACUUCCGGGAUAGCAUGACCAAACCCCAUGACAGAAGGAGCUGAGUGGUAGCCUGUGGCACUUAGGUGCACACUGGGAGCAGGGCAAGGAAAGCAAGCGAGGCGCCCAAAAGGCGGAAGAAAAGGACCUUCGGUCCUGGCCGGGAGCUACUCUAUAAAAUUUAACUAAGACUAAGGCUUCAAAAUUACAUCUUUAACGUUUAUUGAUGAUUGUAAAGAGAUAUUAGUUGGAUCCAGUGGCGGAGUUUUAAUAAGAAUGCCAAACCCAUUAUCAGUUAAUUCCUCCUUAAGCAUUUUACCUGAGAAAUAUUCUGGCCUAUUCUUGAGCUAUCUUCGCAAAGUUGUGCUAAAAGAAACUGAUAUAUAUGACCCUUUGUUCACAGAUUACGUAAUUUUCCCAGACCGGUUUAGCAUCCUUCAUUUUCUUGCAUUUUUAAAAAACGCAAAUAUGCUUGGCCAAGCAUUAAAAUCUGGAGCAAAAUUCAUAAAAAGCAUUGUAGCAGAAGACCCUUUAAAAAUCUCGCUAUUCCAAAGCAAACAAUGCACAGAGCUCAUAUUGCGCUCCUUUCCAAAAUAUAUAGCCCCAAACAAUCCGAAAAUCUUCAGAUAUGUAGAGCCGCUGUUAAAAAAUUUCAAUAAUGCCAAUUUAAUGAAUCUUCAUUUUUUAUAUGAAAGUGCCUUUACUCCUUGCACUGAUAAAAUAUUGCCUGAAUUUGGAGUGAUGGUUGGGUCAAAUCCUGAGGUGAGAUGAAGCUAUUCAGAAUUUAUAGACCAUAGCAAGUUUGUACACGAAAAGGCUAAAAAUGAUCAGGAAUGGAGACAGCAGCAGCUUUCGUUCUCAAGGUCUUUAAUAAGGCUGCCUACGAUUCCAGGGGCAUUGUCAAGUGUCCUGUUCUUACAAUCUAUUGUCAUGUGUAAAAACCACGAAAUCUUCAAAACAGAGCUCAUAAAAUCUUUACUACAGUUUAAAUGGAGAAAAACGAAAGCAUUUAUUAUCAUUGAAGGGAUACUUUUUAUAGGCUUUUUCGCAACAAUGAUAGCACAUGGCAUAUCUGAUGACUCUGGGGCCAAUUUUACAUACGCUCUCCUUGCUUUUAAUUGUGUUUAUGCAAUCAAAGAAAUUUUGCUUAUUAAGUAUGUUGGAAGAUAUUAUAUAGGUGAUCCAUGAAAUUUGGUUGGCUUGUCGAAAAUCAUCAUUUUGUACCUUUAUUUAUUUUUUAGGGUUGGACAUGAAACAUGGCAUGCUAAAGUUUAUAUUUUCCCAUUUGCAUUAAUGACAUCUUUUAUUAGAGGGGCUGGAUAUCUUCGAGCUUACAAGCCUACUCGCAGAUUUAUAAGACUGCUGAUUCAGAUUUAUAUGGAUAUUGGCCCAUUUUUGAUUGUCCUGCUAUCUUGUACUGUUAUAUUUGGAAUUGUAUUUUAUGUGCUUAAAUUAAAUGAGUUUAUAAAGGACGCAUUAUUAAGGGCUUAUACUCUUAACUAUGGAGAGUUCAAUAUUGAUACAGAAUGGUCAGGAUUUUCUACAUUUUUAGAUUUAUUUGCUUCUUUUUUCACUACCUUAAUCAUGCUUAACAUCAUUAUUUCAAUAAUGGGCGACACUUAUGACAAAGUUAGCGAAAACUCAGAAGCAAAUGACCAAAAAGAGUUCGCAGCGUUAAUCAUGGAAGUAGAAAGCAUCAUGAUUUGGAAUAGAGAAAUGAAUGUCCCUUAUUACGUUCAUCAAUGUGCAAUUAAGGAGUCUGAAGUGCAAGAAGACAGUUCAAAAUGGAGUGGAAAAAUGAAUGUGAUAAAAAAAUCAGUUAAAGGGAUCCACACUAAAUGCAAAAAUAUUAGGAAUGAAAUGAAGUCACUGAAACUGAUGAUCAAAGAAUUUCCGAAAAAUUUGAAAAGCGAGGUAAAUAAGCUGGUUGAAAAACAGAAGAGUGCGAAAUUUGCGAAGGAAAGUCUGGCGAAAAUUGGAUUAGCAUUAACGUCAUUGCAAAGAGGACUAAAGCAAGCAAACGGGCUUAAAAGUGAAAUAUUUGAUGCAGAUGCAGGAAUAAUAGAUAAUAUGCCGUUGAAAUGGCUGAGAAAUUCUAUCAAGAAAAGUUUAAGAGAUAGUUAA